AUGUUCAACACGAUGUUAGAUCAAGCGCAGUCCCCAUUCUUCUCUCUUCCGGGCGAGCUGCGCAAUAAAAUCUACGAGUAUUACCACAUCGAUACACCAGCAAGCUAUGAGUACAAUGGCGUCCUCCGUCCUCGGGAGGUUGCCUCGGCACUCUCUAACCCACAUGGUCUUCCCAAGACCUGUAAGCGAGCAUACAGCGAAGCUUAUGACAUGCUCUGCGCUUCCCACGCAGAAAUCACUGCCAUUACGUACCCCGAUUUCCGCCCUGGCUCUGUCCGUAUUUCAAGCGACGGUAUUUUUCAACCUUCUCGGCUUCGCUCCCUCGAUGUCACCUACAUUUAUGAUAUUAGACCUUCUUGUGACAAUCUGUUCUUUUGCCUCGUGUGGUUUGCCCAGGUAGCCCCUAAUAUCCGUCGAUUAAAGAUUACAGUCGACCACGGCACCCUCGUCUUUCCUCGCCCUGUAUGGACAGCACGAGGGUGCAUCCUAACAACAUUUAACAGGAUCGUUCUGCCGGUCGUAAGUUUUAGGCAACUCGAAUCCGUCGAAUUGCACGGCCGCCUUGAUGCUGAUAUGGCCAAGCUUUUACAUAUGCGACUUACUCGUGCGUCCAUGGACGAGCAGGUGAAAUUGUAUAGAGUUAUACCACGCGAACCCACUGGGCCAGUCAUAACGUAUGAAUCUGUUCCGGUGGAAGCUGCGAAUCUGGAGUUGGCACCAAACGACGAGACCUUUUACGAUUCGUUGGACUCCAAUCUGUACAUAAUGAGCAUAGCCGAAGCUGAAGAGGUAAUGCACCUUUGGUUCUCGGACAACCCGCACUAUUGAAGCACUAGAUUUAUCAGAAUGAACGAGGAGUCUAUAACAGACGAAGAAAGUCA